UUUGUUUGGUAACGCAUGCGUAUUUGUUAGCACAGGUCAGGUCUGUAAACAAGACGGGAUGCGGCGGCUACACUGGGCCCGGAACCGCUGACGGAACCGGACUCCAACGGAGAUAUGAACCUGGCCAGUCAGAGCGGGGAGGCCGGGGCUGCCCAGCUGCUGUUUGCUAACUUCAAUCAGGACAAUACAUCACUGGCUGUCGGCAGCAAGUCUGGAUACAAGUUUUUCUCUCUUUCAACUGUGGACAAACUCGAGCAAAUAUAUGAAUGCACUGACACAGAAGAUGUUUGCAUUGUGGAACGGCUCUUCUCCAGCAGUCUGGUUGCUAUCGUCAGCCUUAAAGCCCCGCGCAAGCUUAAAGUUUGUCACUUCAAAAAGGGGACCGAGAUCUGUAACUACAGCUACUCCAACACUAUACUGGCUGUGAAACUGAACAGACAAAGGCUGAUAGUAUGUCUAGAGGAAUCUCUGUACAUCCACAACAUAAGGGAUAUGAAGGUCCUUCACACAAUACGAGAAACGCCUCCCAAUCCUUCAGGUCUCUGUGCUUUAUCUAUUAAUGGUGAUAACUGCUACCUGGCGUAUCCGGGCAGUGCGUCUAUCGGGGAGGUGCAAGUCUUUGACACUGUAAAUCUGAGAGCUGCUAACAUGAUUCCUGCCCACGACAGCCCGCUUGCAGCUUUAGCUUUUGACGCAAGUGGUACCAAACUGGCCACAGCAUCAGAAAAGGGUACCGUAAUCCGCGUGUUUUCCAUUCCAGAGGGACAGAAACUUUUUGAGUUCCGGAGAGGGGUGAAAAGGUGUGUGAGCAUCUGCUCGCUGGCAUUCAGUAUGGACGGUAUAUUCCUUUCAGCCUCCAGUAACACAGAGACCGUGCACAUCUUCAAGCUUGAGACAGUCAAAGAGAAGCCUCCUGAAGAGCCCACCACGUGGUCAGGGUAUUUCGGAAAGGUAAUCAUGGCCUCCACCAGUUAUCUGCCUUCCCAGGUCACUGAAAUGUUCAACCAAGGCAGGGCAUUUGCAACCGUCCGUCUGCCAUUCUGCGGACACAAAAACAUCUGUGCGUUGGCCACGAUUCAGAAGAUCCCACGUUUGUUGGUUGCAGCAGCUGAUGGUUAUCUCUAUAUCUAUAAUUUGGACCCUCAGGAAGGCGGGGAGUGCACAUUAAUGAAGCAGCACAAGUUAGACGGCAGUUUGGAACCUGCCAAUGAAAUACUAGAGUCUGCAUCACAUGACCGACCAUUAGUAACUCAGACAUACAGUGCUGCAGUGCCGAAAGGUUCUUACCCAUCCUCAUCCCCAACAAGACAUGCGUAUUCUGAUGACCUGGGAGCAGCAGGAGGAACCUGUCUGGAUGAGGAGACAAAUGCCCUCCGUCUUGAUGAAGAUAGCGAGAACCCACCCAUGAUCUUGCGGACUGACUGACUUGCGUGAGCUCUCUCUCAAUCACUUGGAACGUGAACUUUUGUGUUUGCUGCUAUGAACUUGGACAGCAUUGGGGAGGAUUCAGAGACUCUCACAAAGUUUUCAGGCUGUUAGCUGUAAUUUCUUUCAAAUCUACAUGGAAAUUAUACAUAUAUAUAUUCACUUCAGUGGCUUUUAAAUCUUGCUUACCAAUUUUAGUUGUAAUAUUUGUUGCCAAACUGUGCUUUGAGCUCCCGCUUUGCAUGUUCGUGUGCCAAGCAAGCCUUGGAACUAUAGAAGCCACAAACUAAUCCAAAAAAUGGGUUCUUUUUUAUAGUCUGUGUAUAUAUUGAGCAAGAAAUAAGGCCCUGGAAGAGUUUAUGGCGUUUACCUCAUGGUAGAAUUGCAGGCCUCGGACAGUUGUAAUGGGUCAGAAAGGCCUUGUACAAUGGUCAUAGUGUGUCCUGAAACUCUUGUUUCUUCCUUUGUCCUUCUCACUUAUACUUUCGUCUUUACUGGACCAUUUGGCUAAUAAAAUUCAAUCUGAAUGGAA